CGGCGGAAGUGGAAAGUGGACGGCAGAAACUUGCAGCUUGCAUCAGAAAAGAUGGCUGGUGAAAGCGAAAGCAGCAACACGGCUCCACAUGUUCAAACAAAACAGCCCCAUCUCUCAAAGCAGGACCUCACAACUCUUGACAUAAAAACGUUAACUCCCUUGACACCUGAUGUGAUCAGUCGCCAGGCUACAAUCAACAUAGGAACCAUUGGCCAUGUGGCUCACGGAAAGUCCACGAUGGUAAAAGCCAUCUCAGGUGUCCAGACUGUCAGAUUCAAGAAUGAGCUGGAGAGAAACAUCACCAUUAAAUUGGGCUAUGCCAAUGCUAAGAUUUACCAGUGUGACAAUGACGCAUGCCCCAGGCCGGACUCCUACAGAUCCUGCGGCAGUGCCAAGGAGGACUCCUUCGUCUGUGAUAAACCUGGCUGCACUGGCAGAUUCAGGCUGAAGAGACAUGUGUCUUUUGUGGAUUGCCCGGGUCACGACAUUCUUAUGGCCACCAUGUUGAACGGAGCAGCUGUUAUGGACGCAGCUUUACUUAUGAUUGCUGGCAAUGAAACGUGUCCCCAACCACAGACAUCAGAGCAUUUGGCUGCUGUAGAGAUCAUGAAACUGAAACAUAUUCUCAUCUUGCAAAACAAAAUUGAUUUGGUGAAAGAAUCGCAGGCAAAAGAACAGCAUGAGCAAAUCCUUGCUUUUGUGAAAGGAACUGUGGCAGAAGGCGCUCCAGUGGUGCCCGUGUCUGCCCAGCUCAAGUACAACAUUGAUGUGAUCUGCGAGUACAUCAUCAAACGCAUUCCCGUGCCAGUCAGGGAUUUCUUGUCACAACCUAGGCUUAUUGUAAUUCGUUCCUUUGAUGUGAACAAGCCUGGCUGUGAGGUGGACGACAUCCUGGGUGGUGUGGCUGGAGGUUCUAUUCUGCGAGGAGUCUUGCGGGUAAAUCAAAAGAUUGAAGUGAGACCUGGCGUGGUGUCGAGAGAUCAGGAUGGCAAACUCAUCUGUAGACCCAUUUUGUCCAAGAUCGUCUCUCUCUACGCUGAACUGAAUGACUUACAGUAUGCUGUGCCUGGAGGCCUCAUUGGUGUUGGCACCAAGAUGGACCCGACCCUGUGCCGUGGUGACCGUUUGGUCGGACAGGUCCUGGGAGCUGUCGAUGCCCUGCCCGACAUUUUCAGCGAGUUGGAGAUCUCCUUCUUCCUUCUCAGGCGUUUGUUGGGAGUCAAGACUGAGGGGGACAAGAAAGGUGCUAAGGUGCAAAAACUGAGCAAAAAUGAAGUUCUGAUGGUGAACAUUGGCUCGCUGUCCACUGGUGGUCGUGUGCUGGCUGUGAAGGCUGAUUUGGCCAAGAUUGGACUGACCUCCCCUGUGUGCACAGAGACUGGAGAGAAGAUUGCCCUGAGCAGACGUGUAGAGAAGCAUUGGAGGUUGAUUGGCUGGGGUCAGAUCAGAAGAGGAGUCAAGAUAACACCGGAAUCGCAGUCGAUUUAAUUUUAAAAUGCUCCCGAGUCUAGAACUGUACACUGAAUGUUUCAAGCACAAGAGAGCAGGACACCUUCUUUGCUGUAAAUCUCUCCAGUUAAUCCAGUGUAUGUUUUAUCAAAAUGUGUGAUUGUUGCCUUUUGUAAUGGCAUGUUUGAAUGGUGUAAGUAGCUGCAAAAGGGAAUGAUAGGUGUAGUGCAAUCAGGGUGGCUGCCAUGUUGCGGGAACUCAAGUGUUUCCUGAAAUUUGAAAAAUACUGAGCAGCAAAAUUUCAGGGAAGGACUCUGGGAAGUUAAUUUUGAGGCUCAAAAGCAUUCUAGGGUGGAACAGCUAGCUGUAUUUAUCUCACUUUUUAAAAAAUUAUUUGGUGGAAGUAAAAGAAAAUGCGUAGUGUUCAAGAAUUAAUUAUGGGUUUCUUCAUGGUGAGAUAUUUUUUAAACCACAUUCAGGGAUGUUUUAAGUCAAGUACACAUGUGUACACUUUGUCGUCCAUAUACCCUGGAUAAUGAAUGGACACUCUUGUAAAGUAAAUAAACGUCGAUUUGGCAGUUGUCGCCUGUAAUGUGUUUGCAAAUACUUUGAACAAAAUGCAUCCUUUUCAGGGGUAUCUUUUCAAGCAUUUAUUGAAAUUGCCGUUCUUUUGGCCGAAGAUUUGGUAAGUCAUUCAUAAAGAUGGAUGUCUCGCAUCAGUGCAUGAAGGAUGCUGUCAAAAUUCUAAGUAAUGGAAUAAAAUUCUCAAUGUGGCAAUCGAA